AUGCAUCUUAUAUUCACCCUUUCUUCUCCUUCCAUGCAACCCCUGUGCCAUCAUGAUGACAGCUCUGCCUUGUUGCAAUUCAAGGAAAGCUUUAUCAUGAACAAUUCUCCAUCUUUUUAUCUUCCUACUUGUGAUCAAAAGGUUGCGUCUUGGACGGUAGAAGGAGACAAAAGUGAUUGCUGCUCAUGGGAUGGGGUGGAGUGCGAUAAGGACACAGGUCAUGUAAUUGGCCUCCACCUCAGUAACAACUGUCUAUUUGGUUCUAUUAACUCCACCAGUAGCCUUUUCCGCCUUGUUCACCUCGAAAGGCUUAACCUUGCGUACAAUAACUUCAACAACUCUCACAUCCCAUCCCAAGUACGUGAUCUUUCAAGACUAACACAUCUCGAUCUCUCUUAUUCUAUGCUUUCUGGCCAAAUCCCUUUCGGAAUUUCACAAUUGUUGCACUUGUUAUCCCUUGAUUUGUCUUAUAACAGUGAUUUGGAACUCAAAAAGCCCAGCCUAAGAAACUUAGUUCAAAAUUUGACCAGCCUACAAAAGCUUGAUUUGAGUGGGGUGAACAUUAGCUCCACGGUGCCUAAUAUUUUGACAAAUUUGUCUUCUUUAAAGUCCCUCUCUCUUGGUGAUUGUGGUUUGCAUGGGGAAUUUCCAGUAGGCAUCUUCAAGCUAUCAAAUUUACGGUUUCUUUUUGUACGUGACAAUAUUGGCCUCACCGGUUAUUUGCCUAGCUUUACAUGGAGUAGUCCGCUUGAUACAUUGGAUCUCCAAUACACGAGUUUCUCAGGUGUGCUACCCGCUUCCAUGGGAAAACUUGGCUUCUUGAUUGAGUUGAAUAUGAGAGGUUGCAAUAUCUCAGGGUCCAUUCCAUCUUCACUUGGUAAACUUACUAAACUCACUUCUCUUGACCUUUCAUUUAAUGCUUUUGCGAGUAGCAUCCCCUCUUCACUUGGCAACCUCACUAAACUCGUUCAUCUUGACCUUUCAAAAAACUCUUUCGUGGGUAACGUCCCACCUUCCCUUGGUAACCUCACUAAACUCACUUAUCUUGACCUUUCAUAUAACGCUUUCGUGGGUAACGUCCCACCUUCACUUGGAAACCUUCUUCAACUCUUUGGUCUAGACAUUUCCAACAAUCAAUUGACUGGUCCUGUCCCUUUUGAGCUUCUAAACUUGCCACAACUGUUGUUCAUUUAUUUGUCUGAUAAUCUUUUGAGUAGUGAAAUGCAUUUUGGGCUUAUGAACGAGACACGGUUGACCUCCCUUGACUUGAGCAACAAUCGUUUAACUGGUCCAGUUACUUUUGUGCCUAUGAACCUCACACAAUUAAGUUUCUUGGACCUUGCAGCCAACAAGCUUCAUGGUCAAAUUUCAAACUCACUCUUCAACCUCAAGAAUCUUGAAGUCCUUGAUCUUUCUGAGAACUACCUUAACGGCAUUGUGAAGUUUGAUGAGUUUGCUAAGCUCAAACAUUUAAAUACCUUGCAUAUUUCUGGUAAUGAAUUGUUGUUACUUACUAAAGAAGCCGAUGCCAAUGCAACUCGUCAAAAUUUUGUUGCUUUAGGAUUUUCUUCGUGCAACUUGAGUGAGUUUCCAAAUUUCCUAAGAAACCAACAUGAAUUGGAGUAUUUAAACAUGUCCAACAACAAGAUUUGUGGGCAAGUCCCGGAAUGGAUGUUGAACACAAGCACUACAAGCCUACAAGUUCUUGAUCUUUCUAACAACAUUCUCAUAGGCUUUGCUCAACCUCCAGUUUUUCUUCCAUGGACUUCUCUAGAUUUUCUUGAUCUCAGUUUCAAUUUGCUCCAAGGAUCGCUUCAUAUUCCACCAGUUUCCACAAAGUUUUUUCAUAUUUCAAACAACUCAUUGACUGGAAAUAUACCAGAAUUGUUUUGCAAUCUCACUUCUCUUGAAGUCCUUGAUUUGGCUAAGAACAACCUUAGUGGCUCCCUUCCUCGAUGCUUGGACAACUUUGGUGCAAAUCUAUCAGUGCUUGAUCUGCGACGGAACAAAUUUCAAGGAAGCAUUCCAGAAAGUUGGAUAAAAGGAGGCAACUUGGUGAUGAUAAAUUUCAGUCAAAACAAAUUCCAGGGGCAUUUACCGAGAUCACUGGCCAAGUGCACGAUGCUAAAGGUCAUUGAUCUUCGUGAUAACCAAUUCAUUGAUAUAUUUCCAUUUUGGUUGGGACAUCUUCCAAAUUUAGAGGUUCUCAUUUUACGGUCAAACAAAUUCAACGGUCCAGUUGGGACACCUCAAACAUAUUUUAAGUUUACCAAAAUGCGAAUCCUUGACAUCUCCUACAAUGAUUUUAUGGGAAAACUGCCAUUAAGAAUUUUUGAAAAUUUGAGGGCCAGAAAAUUUGAGAAUGUGCAUGGCUCCACGUAUAUUCAUGAAGAUGGAGACGUGGAAAUGCCAAAAGGUUUUGGUCAGUUUUUUGAUAUUUCUCACCCUUAUACUUACUCUAUGAUGAUCACAAACAAAGGCAGGAAUGUUUUCUAUGAGAAGGUCCAAGAAUUAUUCACAGCGAUUGAUUUCUCUAGCAACAAAUUUGUUGGUAAGAUCCCAGAAUCUUUUGGCAAUUUAAAGGGAGCUCAGUUGCUCAAUCUUUCUAAUAACAAUCUCAUUGAUCACAUCCCAUUGUCUUUGGGAAAACUUACAGAGUUGGAAGCAUUGGACCUUUCUCAGAACAAAUUGUCAGGAGAGAUUCCACAACAGCUAACACAACUUACUUUCUUAGAAUUCUUCAAUGUCUCUCAUAAUAAUCUCACGGGACCUAUACCACAGGGGAAACAAUUUGAUACAUUUGAAAACGAUUCAUUUGAGGGGAAUCCAGGAUUGUGUGGGAGACCAUUGACAAGGAAAUGUGGGAAUUCUAAUGAGCCAUCUUCUCACCUGCCGAUCUUUGAAGAAAAUCAAGACUCUGGAUCGCCAUUUGAAUUUGGUUGGAAAAUAGUUGUGAUUGGAUAUGGAUUUGGAUUUGUUGUUGGAGUAAUAAUUGGGCCCAUUUUGAUCGCAAGGAACCAUGAUAGGUUAAUGAAGACCGUCCGAAUAAGGCCACCAAGUAGGAGGAGACGCUGAAACUAAAUAAAAUAGUUUGGAUAGGAAGCCUUCCCAAAGCAAUGUGUUAUUCUAACGUACGUUUCUUCCCAUCGUUGGAUGUCUGUGCUUCCACUACUAGAGCUUAAGAGGUGAGAAGAGCGACUGCAAAGACAAUAUCAAAAUCCUGGAAUUCAUUUUUUGAGGGUGAAGGGUUUCUCCAAAAUCUCAUAACGAAGAUUUGAGAAGAAUCGAUGUGAAUAGCUUUGUCAGCUAUUGAAGUUUGAAUUCAUGCAAUGGAGCUCCUGUUUUCUCUUUUUAUUUUACUUAUUUUUACUCUUUUCACUUUUUCAAU